AUGCAUUCUGCCUCUGGCGAUGACUUCCGAUGCUUGGCUUCGAACGGGCUGGACUUGUCAUCUUUGCGAGUAUCCCAACAACUUGGACGCGGUGGAUUUGCAACCUGCUGGCGUGCAACAUACAAUGGUCAGAAUGUCGCACUCAAGGUUAUGCUGCCGCGGCCAACGCUUGCGGCGAGAGUAGCCGCGCCUGCCGAUGGGAGAGGUGCGCCCGAGGACGAUCUUUACGAACGGAUGUUCCUACGAGAGGCUCAAGUGACAAGCCAGCUUGAACAUAGGCACAUUGUCCAGUGCUUUGGCGUGGCCCAGCUGCCUGCUGGCUUCGUCCCGAAGCAGCCGGAGCCAUCACUGGCAAUGGUGCUGGAACUGUGUGAGCAGCAGCUCCGACUGACUGCCAGCUUUGUUGACCUUGGUCAAAGCUACCAUCAGAUCGCCUCAGCAUUGGCGCACCUUCACCGCCAAAAGUCGCCUAUCAUUCAUCGUGACGUGAAGCCGGAAAAUGUGCUCUUCAAGCGCGACCCCAGCACAGGCGAGCUCAUCUGCAAGUUGUCAGACCUUGGGUUACAUGCAGAGGUGUCCGAGGACCGUUCCGUGAUGCUGCGCAAGUCCCUUAGGAGCACUUCCUCCUUGGCUGACAUCUCCGGGCACGAAAAGGACCCCUCCCUUAGAAUGUGCGUCAGCCGCUUCAUAGAUGGCAGUGUGCGCGGCGCGCGGGACGCAAGUGGCCGCAGCGGCACCCUCGGAGUCGUACCGUGUGCUGAGGGCUCACCGUUUUUGACGGUCUCCGUGGCGCCUAGCUUCUCCACUGCAGGCAGCCGAAACAUCGGUGGGUGUCGAAUUCAGCGGGGCCGCAAUUGCUGGGUUUCAGGGGGGGCUCAGGGAAUCAAAGAUGCAUUUGGCUGGGGGGUUCUGGCCACUGAGACGGGCAGUCGGGGAUUGACGCCAAUAUCAAAGCCCCUGGACGUCAUUCGACAGGAGUGCGACCCCAACUAUGAGCCCAGGACAGCCGCCAUCGUUGUCGACGGGAUGGGGGUUGAUACGUCACCUCCGGACCAAGGGUUCGCCACCGGGCGAGAGCUGGGCGUUGCACAACAACAGCACCAGCAGCAGCAAGAGCAGCAGCUGGUGCUGCAAAACCGCCAGCAGCGGCUGCAGCAGCCUAUGGACGAAAAGGAAAGCUCCUUGAAACUGCAAGAGCAGCAAUUACAAGAACUACAACAACUACAACGGCAUCAACGGUCUUCAACGAUAAAUCCCUGUGGCGAUGCGGAGAAGCCUCCAACCGUCGGCGCCUCCGUAGUGGGUGAGACGUCGGUGCUACAGGCUGCCAGCGGGCCGGCGACGCCAGCCGCAGCAGCGGCGACGGCAGCGGCGGCAGCGGGGGCAGCGCUGCACGAGGCGGCAUUGGCGCAGAGGAGUUUCAGUACAUAUAGCCACCAUCCACCGCACAACGACGACAGCGAAACGCAGUCUACGCUUGCCUCCCCGUGCUCCCUGGGCCCUAUGUCGCCGCUAGCGGCCGUCUCGGCGACGCUAAGCGUCCUGCUUAGUUGUAAUCCGGAUCUUGUGGAACCGGUUUCAGCUGCCAAUCUGGCUGUUGGGUUACGUAAUGUUGGAUCUCUACUCCGGCAGCUGGGCAAGUCGGAACUGAAGCCGCUGCGACGGCACGAAAUGGAGUGGGUGUACGGCUUAACGGGCAAAGCUGGGUCUCUGAUGUACAUGGCGCCAGAAGUCUUUCAGCACCAGCCGUACAACGAGAAGUCCGACGUGUUUUCUUUUGGCGUACUGGCGUACGAGCUCCUGGCGUCCGAGAUGCUUCUGAUUAGCAUCUUCAACACGGGGCGAGCCGCCAAGAUGGGAAUCCGUGAUUCACAUGGAUAUGCCGCUAAGGUAGCGGAGGGCUUCCGACCGCCGCGAAUACACGCGCUGCCCGAUGCCGCCUGGUCCAUCAUCGAAAGAUGCUGGCACAGGGAUCCCGUACAGCGCCCCACUAUGGCGCAAGUGCAGGCGGAAUUCCAGAAACUGCUGGCGAAAGAAAUUGAGGGCUUCGGGGGAGGUGGAGGUGGCGGGGCCAUCAAGCGGACCGCCGGACACAUCGCAUCGCGUUUGGCAUCGACGGGGGGACAUGGGGCCGGCAGGCACGGCGGCGGUGGCGGCAGCUGCGGUGGCGGCGGUGCUGCCGCCGGCACCGCUGCCGCCGCCGGCACUAGUGGGGCUUCGAAAGGGGGACGCAAGGCACCUCGAGUUACUGUGGGCAGCGCAAACACGACCGGCGGCAGCUCACGUCGCCUGUUCAAGAAAUACCGCGCUUCCGCAGCCGGAGCCACCCAACUGAAAAUUGCGAACCGGCGCCCAAAGGCAGAAGGUUGUGCGCGUUUGCUCGCACAUCAUUAG